AGCUCUCAAGUCACCACCUUCUUUCUCUAUACCAACUCAAACACACAGCAGCCAUGGCUAUCCGCUGUCAAUUCGAGAACAGCAAUGAGAUCGGUGUCUUCUCUAAGCUCACCAACUCGUACUGCCUCGUGUGUGUGGGCGGCAGCGAGAACUUCUACAGCACCUUCGAGUCUGAGCUGGCAGACCACAUUCCCGUAGUGCACGCCAGUAUCGCCGGCUGCCGCUUCGUAGGACGCGUGGCUGUGGGCAACAAGCGCGGUCUGCUGCUUCCCAGCACCACCACGGACCAGGAGAUGCAGCACAUCCGUAACGCGCUGCCCGACUCGGUCGUGGUACAGCGUGUGGAGGAGCGACUCUCGGCUUUGGGUAACUGCAUCACCACGAACGAUCACGUGGCGCUCGUACACACGGAUCUGGAUCGUGAAACGGAAGAAAUCGUGGCUGACACUCUCGGCGUCGAGGUCUUCCGUCAAACUGUCGCGGGCAACGCGCUCGUAGGCAGCUACAGCGCUCUGUCCAACCAGGGAUGCCUCGUGCACCCGCGCACCAGCGUGGAGGACCAGGAGGAGCUCAGUUCUCUGCUACAGGUGCCCGUUGUGGCCGGUACAGUCAACCGCGGUAGCGAUGUAAUUGGCGCCGGCCUCGUGGUGAACGAUUGGACGGCUUUCUGUGGCCUAGACACCACGUCCACCGAGAUCUCAGUGGUCGAGAGCAUCUUCAAGCUCCAGAACGCACAGCCCACCAACAUUGCCACCACCAUGCGCAGCGCUCUCAUCGACUCCAUGACCUAAGGCAGCAGACAGUUACGACGGGGAGAACAAAGUGUGCAAUCCAUUUCCAAGUUUACAUGUAGCCGAAUUAGGUCUCAAGAACACGCUACGAUACUGAAGGCUUGGAGAGCUCUGGUCCCCGUGCUUUAGCUAUUUAACCGUAC